UCGACUUCAGGCAAAUGGGCUUCCGGGAGCGCUGAGCGGAUACCCGGGCUUGUCAUGGCAGCCUCCUUGACCGGGAAGAAGAUCGUGUUUGUCACGGGGAAUGCCAAGAAGCUGGAGGAGGUCAUUCAGAUCCUAGGAGAUAAAUUUCCAUGCACUUUGGUGGCACAGAAAAUUGACCUGCCAGAAUACCAGGGAGAGCCGGAUGAAAUUUCCAUACAGAAGUGUCAGGAGGCGGCCCGCCAGGUACAGGGGCCUGUCCUGGUGGAGGAUACUUGUCUGUGCUUCAACGCCCUCGGAGGGCUACCUGGCCCCUAUAUAAAAUGGUUUCUGGAGAAGUUAAAGCCUGAAGGUCUCUAUCAGCUUCUGACCGGCUUUGAGGACAAGUCAGCCUAUGCACUCUGCACCUUCGCGCUCAGCACUGGGGAACCCAGCGAGCCAGUGCACCUGUUCAGGGGCCGAACCUCAGGCCAAAUUGUGGUGCCCCGAGGCUGCCGGGACUUUGGCUGGGACCCCUGCUUUCAGCCUGAUGGAUAUGAGCAGACGUACGCAGAGAUGCCCAAGGCCAAGAAGAACGCCAUCUCUCAUCGCUUCCGGGCCCUGCUGGAGAUGCAAAAGUAUUUUGGCAGCAUGACUCCUCCUGAGGCUGGAGGAGACCACUCAGGCCAGGGAUCUGGGGAGGGCUAGCCUAAACCUGCACCAUCAGGCAGGCACCCCUGGAAGUACUUCCUUCAGGGUUUCCCCUUGCUGGGGGUGUCAAGGCAAUCUCCCUAUCCUGGUCUGGAAGAGCAGCUAACUGCUUAGAGAAAUUCUGAGCAAGUUGAUGCCAGUCUCUUGCCCUUAGGCCAUCUGGGAUUCAGUGAUCUCUAGGCCUAGGAUCCUGAGAGGUCUUUAGGUGCUAAAACUGGCCUUGGCAGGAUUGAGGGUUUGGGAAAGAACCAAACAGUCUUCAAUGUUCUUACAAUGUGGGAAAUAAAAAUUCUGGAAGGUACUUGUUUCCAAAAUAAACUAGAUACAUCUGCUUUGAA